AUGAGCCCAGAUGGCAUUGCUCAGGCCAUGAACCGGAACUGGGUUCUGGGAGGCUGGGAUGCGCCCUGGGUGGGCUGCUUUGCUCCCAGGUCGCGGCACGCCUUAGGACUCGUCGAGCAUGCCAAGCUGCCAGGACGAGCAGAGCUUAUUGCCCUGAGUAGCGCGCUCAUGUCGUUUUUCUUCGAAGGACGUCAGAUGAGGGCCUGGGAGGUGCUUUGGCAUCCCUUUGCAGUGGAGUUGGAGGCGGUGGUGGCGUCGUCCCCGGCUGCACUCCGCCAGCUCCUGGAUGCUGUGGUGCGAAACCGGCGGCCGCUGAACGGCGUGAAUCUCGCGACAAUCCUGUUUAAGGCGGCCAAGAUGGAUGCCACAGAGGUCUACUCCCCUGCCAGUCUGGCGUAUUUGGCAAAGCAGAUGCGCGGCCAGACCAUGGAUGGGCGGCAGCUGGCCAGCUCGCUCUACGGCUUGCAGGGCUUGGGCGCCUUCCCCAUGGCCGAGCUCGAAGAGCUGGUGUGUAGUUUGGCUGUGCAGGCGGAGCGUUUGGAGGAAGAGCUCUCAGGGCAGGCGGUGAGUCUCGCGCUCUACGGGCUGCAGUCCCUGGAAGAUGAAUCCGGGCAGAAUCUGGCAGUGCGGCGCCUGCUGCGCGCGCUGGCGCGGCGCCUCUCGCGGGGCUCGCGGGGCUCGUUGACGGCGCAGGGGGUGGGCAGCGUCUACGGGCUGCAGGGCCUCAGCUCGAGCCCCGAGCUCCGAGAGCUCUUGGUGGCGCUGCGGCCCCUGGUCGAAGCUGCUCCCCUGGACAGCCAGGCCAUCGGCAAUGCGCUGUAUGGCCUGCAAAGCAUGAACAGCGACUCCAGGGAGGUGUGCCAAUUUCUGGAGACCUUUGCCAUCAAGCUCAGAGGCUUUGACCAAAAGCUCAAUGAGCAGGAGGCAAGCAACGCUGUCUACGGCCUGCAAUUCAUGGACCCGGAGCUGCCAUGUGUGAGGGAGCUGUUGGCAGCCAUUGCACGUGCCAGCGCCAUUCGCAGUGAGUCUCGCGAGUCCCGGUCUGGACCUGGGCCUGCGGGACCUGGCAGAGCUGGCAGAGCGGCGCGGCACCCGGUGGACCAGAGGCUCUCGAAGCUGCGCCCGGGCUGGCGAGCGGAGCUGCGGCGCUUCCUCGCUCGCGCGUGCGGCGCGUGCGGCGCGUGCCGCGUGUUGGACGUGGGCUGCGACCUGGGCGGCUUCGUCCGGGGCGUGGCGCGCGCGCGCCCGGACGCGCUGGUCCUGGGCCUGGAGGCGCGGCCGCACGCCGUGGCCUUCGCCAGGGCCAAGGCCGAGGCGCAGGGCCUCCGCAACGCGGCGUUUCUCCAGGGCAACGCCAAGCUUGACCUGGAGCAUGUCCUGACAGAGCUCAGCCAGGUUGAAGCAGUCACCAUAAACUUCCCAGACCCGCACCUUCUCAAUCGAGAGCAACGGCUAGUGUCUGGACAUUUUGUGCGACUGUUGGCAGAGCAUCUUCAGAGCGGCGGAGAGGUGCUAUUCCAGUCUGACGUGUCUCUCUUGGUGGAGGAGGCAAAGGCGGCGUUUAUGCUGGGGGGCUGCUUCCUGGAUUGCCCUUGGGUCCCUCAGCCAGGACUUUGUCCAGACAGAGCGAGAAGCGGCAGUGCGCCAAUCCGGUUGGCCUGUCUACCAGGCAAGGCUUCAGAGAAGCAGCGUCUCGCCUCCAGAACAUCUACAGCGAGACGUGGAUAA